GGAGUGAUUUGUCUGGUUAAUUCCGUUAACGAACGAGACCUCAGCCUGCUAAAUAGCUACGCGGGGACCUUUCCUCGUGGCCAGCUUCUUAGAGGGACUGUUGGACGACUAGCCAACGGAAGUUUGAGGCAAUAACAGUGCGCCCUUGAUACAAGGUUUCCACAUCUCUUAGGGUCGACUGACCCAUGUCCAAGCRCUGUUCACAUGGAACCCUUCUCCACUUCGGUCUUCAAAGUUCUCAUUUGAAUAUUUGCUACUACCACCAAGAUCUGCACCGGGACCCGCUUCACCCAGGCUCACCCUCCAAGCUUCGCAGCAGGCCCCGCGCCCUCCUACUCGUCGCGGCGUCAGAAUCGCCGCGACGGCCGAGCAUAGGUCGCGCGCUUCAGCGCCAUCCAUUUACGGGGCUGAUUGAUUCGGCAGUCUUGAGAGGCAACCUCUGCAGCAGGCCGUGUGCAGGUUCCUUGGAAGGGGACACCGAAGAGGGUGACAGCCCCGUCGACCGCCGGACCCUGCUGCGCAACGAGGUGUUGUCCAAGAGUCGGGUUGCUUGGGAAUGCUGCCCCAAUUGGGUGGAACAGCCACCGCCUGGAUUCGGGGAUGCCACAAUCGUACUGCUUCUUGAGAGGCAACCUAUGCAGCGGGCCGUGUGCUGGUUCCCUGGUUCCCUGGAAGGGGACGCCGAAGAGGGUGACAGCCCCGUCGACCGCCGGACCCUGCUGCGCAACGAGGUGUUGUCCAAGAGUCGGGUUGCUUGGGAAUGCAGCCCCAAUUGGGUGUCCGGUUGGCGGUCGUUUGCAGGGUGUGGAGGCGGAGGUGCCCGUCACCAGCUCUCAGCUUCGGCACCAUCAUCCCGUAGGUUACGGGGAGAGCUGUUGCGGCUCUGUUGUGGUGUGGUCUUCGUGUCCGCACUCACAACGGCGCGUUCCGUUUGUGUUGAGGGGGAGUCACGACUUGGUGAGGACGCUCUGCGCUCUUCGCCAUCCGAGCGGCGCCAUUGAGCUGUGGCGCAGGUGGCCUCGGCCAUGCACGCGCUGCUUACCGUAUGCGAGGGCGGAGACUUGUGGGAUGCGUGAUGCACCCUCCGA